AUGGCUCGAACCAAGCAGACGGCUCGCAAGUCCACCGGAGGCAAGGCGCCGAGAAAACAGCUGGCCACCAAAGUGGCCCGCAAGAGUGCACCUGCAACCGGAGGUGUGAAGAAGCCACACCGCUACCGCCCGGGCACCGUGGCGCUGCGUGAGAUCCGCCGCUACCAGAAGUCUACUGAGCUGCUGAUCCGCAAGCUGCCCUUUCAGCGCCUGGUGCGCGAGGUCGCGCAGGAUUUCAAGACCGACCUGCGCUUCCAGAGCUCUGCGGUGAUGGCUCUGCAGGAAGCUUGCGAGUCCUACCUGGUGGGGCUCUUCGAGGACACCAACCUGUGCGCCAUCCACGCCAAGCGCGUCACCAUCAUGCCCAAAGACAUCCAGCUGGCUCGCCGCAUCCGCGGGGAGCGGGCCUAGGCUCCAGGGUCACCCACCAUCGUUUGUUGUCACCCCAAGGCUCUUUUCAGAGCCACUCACUGAGUCGGAGAAAGCGGCUGUGCCACUCUAGUUCCUGGGCGACAGGUGUAGUUCGGCUAGUCAGGUGCAGGGGUAGUUCAGACUCCCCAGCCUGCCCACAGAG